AUGCCCCACGAAGAACGAUGGCACAUUGCCAUAGCUCUAUUCCUCUCUCUUUUGACCUAUUAUUGGAUGGUCAAAAUCUUCCUACCUCGGAGUGCACAAGAUAACGCGCAUGACUCCUCCUGUCUUCCCCGACCACUUCCUGACUUUGCCAUCGCCAAGGCGCGCGCUAGGCCGUACCGUCCCUUUCGUUGGAAUUACAACCAGACUAUGGCGCUCAUGGCUCUCGACCCCGAUUGGUGGAUUGAGCUCGAGUCCACCUACCUCGAACGAAUCGCACAACGCAAGGAACUGUAUCGAAUGCACGGAAGGGCUAUCCUCGAUGCUCUCCCCGGGAGCGAAGAAGCGUGUCAAGAGGUGAUGUUUGCGGCCAUCAAUUUCCUCACAGCUCGUUACCCAUCCUUAUUCUCGUUCGACCCUGCCACUGGGAAAUUCCGAAACAAGAUCCUCGGAAAAGAGGACAUCGUGAAUGGGAGAGACGCCUUAUGUUUCCUUCUUGAUCAUGUCCCGGAAGACUUUGCGAUCAUGCAGAAGGACGAGACCACUGGGAAGUAUCACCUGCGGGCUGGAGUUGUUUGUUCGGCCGUUGGAUGGAACAUGGGGGAGAAGAUGGGGAUGCCGCUCCACGAGAUUCACGGGGAGGUACCGUUUUAUAGAGAGGGUCUGCAGACUUCGAUGGAUAGAUACUUCGAAAGGGUAACAUGUGCAAAACCAAUACAACGCGGCUCUUGGACGUUUGAAGUCGGCCAGCCUCUGUUCCUUCAGACAAGCGACCCGGAUUACCAGCACCACAAACACUUCAAUGCGGAUUUGAAACUUGAAGAUGUCUACCUAAGAGUGGACUGGCAGACCCUUCGACGAUUACCCAAGUCCCGGGCAAUGGUGUUCAAUUUCAAGGCCCUGUUCACACCCGUGACACAGUUUCGAACGGAACCGUAUGUCCCCCAAUUGAUCGCAAAGGUCUUGAAGGAGGCACGGGCUCCCUUCAAGGAAUACAAAGGCUGGGGAAACGUCGAGCAUAGAGUGAUUCCCGCGCUGGAAACGUGGUCCGAGGAACAAAGGCGGCUUGGAUUGGUCCCCAUGGAUUGGGAGGAAAGAACAUUGGACGAAUAUCCAUUCUACCCUGGCUGGGAGAAGGAGUAUACGGUUGGCCAGAGCGGUAUCUAG